CUGAGCGUACUAGCUUUUCUUUUUAGCUUAGGCUAUUUCUUUGUAGCUGCCAUUGAAGAUGAAGGCUACGAUGAGGGCAAGGAACGAUAUAGCUCAUCUACAGUAGGACUUUUAAAGCUGCUAAAAUUAGAGCAAAAAUUUGUGGAAAACCUCAUAGCAAAUGAAGAGAGUGAAACUAUAAAAGCUUACCUUUUUUCUAUUGAUUAUAAAAAGAAUCAAAGCCCAGAAGAGAGACUGGAAUAUGUUUCCAAUCCUUUGUCUGCCUUUUCACUUGUAAGACGAACACAUGAGGAUUUACCCAAGUGGAACAAGCAGUUUCAAAAAGAAAUGGAAUUGACAAAUAAGGUGGUAUUAGAUGAACUUGUGGCCUAUAUACCUGAUAGCCAAGACUUUUUAGAGGCUGCACUCGGAAUUCAACGUAUAGAAAGGAUUUAUGACCUUAGGAUCGAUGAUUUAGCAAAAGGAAUUCUGCAGGACAAGCAAUACAGUAUUCGCUUCACCUUUCGCGACCGCCUAGCUAUGGGCCAUCUGAUGUUUAAACAAGGCGAUUUCCUAGCAGCUGCCAAAUGGUAUCGUAUGGCCUCAAAACUUGAGCCCAAAGAGGACAAUAAAAUAUUGAAUAAGAUUCUGGGGGAUCCAACCGAUAUUCUAAAACUUCAAUACCUCAAAGCUUUAUUUGUUUAUGCCUCCGUAUUUUCUGGCGACUCGCAGAAUAAUGACGAGGCUUUAGCCAAGGUGGAGAAAAAGUUUGCAGAUAUCGGUAAUGUGGAUAUAGAUGAAUUUUAUUUAAAACUUACAAAGCCCGAGAAUGACAUUGAACUGGAAAAGCAGCUAUACGAAACACAAAGACCUUCUACUGACUUUGAAAAGGGUUGUCAUGGAGAAUUUCAGUCAAAAUCGCGACUCACAUGUAGCUACAAUCACACCACGACACCAUUCCUGCGAUUGGCACCGCUGAAAAUGGAGGAAGUCAGUCGAAAUCCCUAUAUAGUCAUGUACCACGAUGUUCUCUACGAUUCUGAGAUUGAGGUCCUAAAGGGACAGUCGGAUGGCUUUAGCAACGGUUUUGCCGAUGAAAAGAAUGGAUCUAUAAUCAGAGAUAUAGUGGCUCGACAUGUGUGGUGGUCUGAGGAAUCGCCAAUCAGGGAACGCAUUAACCAGCGCAUUAUUGAUAUGACUGGACUCAAUAUCUCAAUAACGGAGAAGAUACAGGUUGCAAACUAUGGAUUGGGCACAUAUUUUAAGCCACAUUUCGACUACACUUCUGAUGGAUUUCAAACGCCUGAGGUCUCUACUUUGGGCGAUCGUUUGGUCAGCGUUCUGUUUUAUGCUAGUGAUGUGGCUCAGGGCGGUGCCACUGUGUUUCCGGAACUAAAAAUCUCAAUAUUCCCACGAAUAGGCAGCGCUAUUUGGUGGUAUAAUUUAUACAAUAAUGGAACAUCUGAUACCAGAAGCAAACACUCUGUGUGUCCUGUUAUCCAGGGCGAUAGAUGGACUCUCACCAUGUGGAUCCAUUUGUUUCCGCAAAUGUUUAAAGCUCCAUGUCUUAUUUAAAAUUAAAAUAAAGUGAAAAACAUUUGACAAUUAUUAUGUAAUCUAUAAGGUCAGAGUUUUGUAUAAAGAUUCCCUAACUUCUGCUGUAUUAUUUAAAUUUCU